AUGAAAAUAGUGCAAAAGUAGUUCAGUCGCCUUCCACAAAAUCUUCCACAAAAUCAAAAGCAAAUGAUUACUCUCCAAAGAAAAACAAUGUUUUCGAGAACAGUCCAAAGCGAGCAAAAACUACUUCUUGGUCUGAUGAUCAAGCAUUUCGAAAAAAUGUCGCUAAGUCUUUAAGUGACAUAAAAUUCAUGUUAAACAUUUAAAACGAAAAAAUUGAUGAACUUCAUGAAAAGCAUUCUGAAAGUGCCAUUUUCAAUGAACGAUUUUUAGAGUGUCAAUCAGAAGUAAUUCAAAAACAUGUGAAAAAGGAUCGGUGAAGUCAGUUUCGCUCACAAUUUCCAGUCGCAACAUUAGAUAAUUUACAAAAAAUCGAAGACAACCUUACAUUACCAGAAUACAGAAAUGAUAUGAUUUCUUUCUUCGGUGGUUUUGGAGGGAGACAUGUGAAGGAAACUACGUAUACAGUCAUAAAAUAUGCUUUUACCAACGCAAUUGGAAGUUUAUUUAAUUGGUUGGGACUAAAAAAUAAAUUAAAGUUCUCAGAUCUACAUUUAACUACAGUAAUAAUGGAAACCGUUCGCCAAUCAUGUCGAGUCAAAGAACUUGAGGUGAUAGAAGCUAUCAAACAUUGGCUUCGCCAGGCACCUGCUAGACACCUUCGAGAGUCAGAAAACAAUAAGCCUGAUGAGGACGGUGAGCAUGAUGGCGAAAAUCUUUAUGCAUCAGACCAAGAGCGACUUUCCAUUAAUUUGAGCGACACUGAAGGAGAAAGUGAUGAUCCCCAUAUGGAUACCGAAAUAAACUUUCAAAAUUCAAUGAAUAUCUCAGAUUCAUCUAAUCAUGGCACAAAUUCUCCGACUAUUAAGAUUCAAUCCGAUAAACCUGUCGAGAAUUAACUAUACUAUAAGUGUAAAACACUUGUUUCAA